AUGGCUGCCGCAGAAGCCGCGGAGAAAGCCGAGCUAGCAGCAAAAGCCGCCGCGCGGAGAGCCGCGAGACUCGCCGCAAGCGCCGCCGCCGCCGCAGAGGGCCGGAUUUCCGCCACUGGCGGAGCAACGGCCGCGUUUGCGCGUGCAUUCGCGGGAAUCGCACCGGGCGCCAACGACUCGUUGGUGGGAAACAAUGCGGGGGAGCAAGAUGCGGGGGAGGCGGAAAGGGAGGCGGAGGAGGAGGAUGAUGACGAAGGGGACGAAUGGGAUCCCAAGACACAACCGUUAACGGAAAAGCCGAUUCUGCUGGGACCGGCGGAGUUCGUCAGACCGGACGGAACACGCGGAACGCUUCACGGGGGAGGCGCGCCCGGAUGGGAGCAGCGGUGGCGGAAUCGGCGCGCCGCGGUAAAGGCUGCGCGCGGCGGAAGCGGUGGAAGCGACGGAGGCGCAACCAGCGGGGGAAGCGGCGGGAGCGGCUGGAACAGCGGAGCGGGGAACAGCACCGCCAGUGCGGGGACGGCGGCGGCGGGAGGAACAACAUUUUCCAUAGCGGGCGCGGCGGGCGCGGCGGGUGAUACGAUAGUGCAACCCAUGGCUGGCACGCCGGAUAUUUCGCACACUGCGGGAUACUUCAAGAUUAAAGCGCGACGCGACACGAGACUGUUCUACUACUUCUUCGAGUCGCGGAACGACGCGAGCACGGAUCCGCUGGUGCUAUGGCUGACGGGCGGCCCGGGAUGCAGCAGCGCGUUCGCGCUGCUGUAUGAGAACGGCCCGUACCAGCUUGACACAGACAAGACGACGCUUAUUUGGAACGACAACGGAUGGGACAUGGUGAGUUUUGCGUCCAACAUCGUCUUUCUGGACCAGCCAGUGGGCACGGGCUUCAGCUGUAGCGACCUGCUCUUUGCCUCUGCUCCCGCUGCUCCCCCUGUCCCAUGCCUCACUGUCUCCCCUGUUCCCCUCCCCAGGCGUCCAACAUCAUCUUUCUGGGCCAGCGAGUGGGCACGGGCUUCAUCCGCUCUUUGUCCUCCUUUCCCCGUGUCCUCCCUGUUAUGGGCCCUUUCCCCCUCCCUUUCCCCUCCCUCCCAGGCAUCCAACAUCAUCUUUCUGGACCAGCCGGCAUCCAACAUCAUCUUUUUAGACCAGCCAGUGGGCACGGGCUUCAGCUACAGCAACGACGGGCAGAAGCGCAGCACGCAGCGCGGUGUGAGCAAAGAUGCGUACCAGUUCCUGCAGGCCUUCCUGGACGCGCAUCCCGAGCUGCGCACGCGUCCGUUCUUCAUCACGGGGGAGUCGUACGCAGGAAAGUACAUCCCCACGCUCGCUGCACGCAUCGUGCGCGCCAACAAGGUCGGCAAGAAGCCGCGCAUCAAUCUGCAGGGCAUGGCUAUCGGCAACGGCUUGACCAGUCCGCACACGCAGUCCAUGUCCUAUGCACGGUUUGCAUACAAGAACAAGCUCAUGAGCUACUGGAAGUACCGGGAGCUCAAGGCGCGAGGGCGAGCGUGCCAGCUCACCGACCUCAUGUGUGGCACCCAAGGCAAGGUGACGUGCAUCACGGCGUUCCUAGUGUGCGGCUGGUACUUCAAUCAAAUCGUGUCCCAGUCUGGCAACGGCAAGGUCAACUACUAUGACGUGCGCAAGCCGUGUGUGCAUGACAGCGGGUGCUACGACUUCAGUGCGGGAAACGCAUACCUCAACUCUGCAGAAGUCAAGCAGAAGCUGGGGGUUAAAAAAGAGUGGAGGGACUGUGACGACAGUGUGUACUUUGCAAUGCUCAUGGACUUUGAGAGGGAUGAGACGGAGCACGUGAGCUAUGUGCUUAACAACGGGCUGCGAGUACUCAUCUAUGCAGGCGAGAAGGACUUUAUCUGCAACUGGAUUGGUGAGUGA